CCCACGCCUUUGCCACCACCAAUUCCUCUAUCUUCACGUGGAGUGAUACUUUUCAAAAGGGAACUUUUUGACUUUCAAGACAAAAAAGUUUCUCUUUCUUGUCCUCCACACGCUAUUUCCUCAAAAAAAAGAAAGGAAAAAAAACUGACCAAAUUUUCCAAUUUCUGCUCUCUUUAUUCUCCAAUGGUAGACCACUCUCACGAAAACGAGCAGAACGACAACAUUAUUUCAAAUUCAAAGCCGACCCAAAAUCCCGCUCAAAAUUUUAAAAUCUUAACCCUAGUUGCAUCUAUAAAUACCAAGUUAUAGCAGCCAUUGGGGGCAGAUUGGGAGCCGCCACUUCUUCCCUUCGAACUAUUAAUCUCCUUCAUAUAUUUUUUUUUUCGUUCAAAGCACCUAUUAAGCUUAUUUACUCUUUUAUUAUCUCCGUUUAAAAUCUCGAAUCUGAGCAUCGUUCGUGUUCGAGCAUAGAUCGGAGAAUCAAAGCCCCACUUCGCUGCACCCAUAGCAGGUCAGUAGUGUCUCUUCCUAUUCUUUUCAAUUCUGAAGAUAUUUAGUCAUAUUCAUGCUAUGAAGUAUGUUAGGCUAAUGUUAAAUAUCAAAAAGAAAUAUAUAAAUUUUCAGCAAGCUUCUAGUUGAUUGUUGUUAUUCACGAUUUGUAGCUUGUAUAUUAGGAUUAUGCCUAUAGGACUCAUUCAAUUUUACUCGUUCGCGUGUUACCAGAUUCGAAAUAUUUAGAAUAAAAAUAGUAGAAGUUUUAAUGUGUGUUUUGUUGGACUAAAUAACUUGCUGUUUGAGAUCUAAGAAAUUUUAGUUUUUUUUUUUUAGCUUAUAUCACUGGCUCAAUAUGUGCUUAUAAAUUCUAUGUAUCGUGAAUUCUUCAGUUUUUUUUUACAAAUCUCAUGAUUACUUUUUUUUCUUUUUUUCGUGAUAAAAGAUGACUUUUAUAUUUAAAAGGGGUCAAGCCUUUGAAUUUUCAAAUAAGAAAUCAUUCCUAUUGCGAUAUGGUGCAUCUUUUCAUGUUUAUCAUUUUUUUAAUGAAAAAAUGAGAUGUUUGAUAGCAUGUUGUUGAGUUCUGUUCUUUAUUUUACAUGUAUAUAAAAUUUAGUAGUAUGUUUACUGUUCCAUGGAAAAAAUGAACGACUAUUUGAUCUCAAAAGUGAUUUCCAAAAGGGUAUAUAAUAUGUUUCUUUGUUUAUCCACAUGUCGCAUUUAGUGUGAAACUGGACUAAUUAUUCACGUCUUUAUGUCCUUAAUCGUGUAUAUAUUUGCAGUAUUUUCCUCGAACUUACAUAUUGCUGUGAAUUGAAUGAUAAUGUUGCUUGCUUUGUUUUACUCACUUUUUUUUUUAAAAAGAGGGAAUCGUAUUGUUGCUCUAAUCUUUCGUUACUUUUUGCUUAUUGCAUGAUAUCUGGAGUUGCGAGGAGUCUUAAAUGAGAUUCGGUGGCGCCACAAGAUCCAAACAGCAUCUCUCCUUCACUUUGUAUCUUUAGUUCCCUCGAAACCCAUCCGAAUAGAAAGAAUGAGCGUCGAGAUGAAAUCUUGAACUCAUGUCGGAUUCUUAUUCGAUUCUCUCCUUCUCCUGAAAGCAAUCCGAGUAGAAGCAAGAGGAAGAGGAGGAGGACGAAAAUGACUGCUACAUUUUAACAUAUCUAUGCUUACUUAGUUAUUUGUAUUCUUGUGUGUGAUUGUUAUUUGAUAUGUUUUAGUUUAAUGGCCUUGAACAUCUGACGAGAAAAUGAUCAAAAUAGUCCUUAAUGUAUGGACUUAGGAUUGCUUUGGUCCCUGAUAUAUACAACUUAUGGAAAUGGUCCUUUAAGUAUAUUAAAAAUAUAUCACUUUAGUCUUUGGCCCUACAUACCUAACAACACCAAACAAAAAUCUGUCAAACUUAACAGAAGCCUCCUCAUGUGCAACCCACGUGAGAUAUCAAAAUUCUAAAACAAAAGUAUUUUGCCUUCCUGGUCAGUUCCAAAAAAGGUGGAAAGUCCCUCCUUCCCGGCAAAAACCCUUCUCCAUCUCUUUCAUGGUCUUGUAAAAUCAGUCAACACAAGAGAAGUUUCUCCAUUGUUAAACAAUGUUAAUCAAAAGAAACGAUAGAGGAUCAAGCCCAUACUACGAUCCUGUGUCUGAGGCGUCUUUUUUCAGUAUCAAAGUUUAUCAUAAAGGAUUGAUGAAACAUCAGCCAACCAAACAGUAUGCUGGUGGUGUCAUUGACUACUUUGAUUAUGUUGAAGUGAAGAAUUUCAAUCUUACUAACUUGAAAAAGAUGGUCGAAUUAUGUGGUCACCGGAAUGAUUCAAUAACAUUUUGGCAUAAAUGCGGGAAGCUUGGUAACAAAUGGAGAUUAGUCUCUACGGAGGUUGAAGCUCAUACCAUGGAAAAAUUCACCCCCAAAGACAGAGUAAUUGAGUUAUAUUUUGAACAUUUGGACUCUUAUUUUGGAAUAGAUGAUCCAGUUGAGCUUGGUUGCAGAACUAGUCACAUUCCAGAGAAUAAAGAUGUUGUUGGACCUAUUGACAAAGAGCUCGAAAGGGAAAACAUAUAUUCCAGGGAUGAUUUUGAGGAUUUUGAAAAUGAAUUCUCCAAUGACGACGUGAUGAUUGAUAAACAAGGAUACUACAAACAUAGCUUUGAGGAUGGUAGAGAGCUUAUUAGUGCUGAAAUUCAAAAGCAGAUGUUACACGAAGAUGGGGAUCCUGAUUGCGUGAACUCUGAAGACAACAAGAGUUUGGAUAGUGAUUCCGACAAUGAAAGCUUUGAUUUUCCAAAGCACAAUGCAAAGACCGAUGGAAAAAAUCCAGUUUUGGCUUUGGAAUAUACCUUUGAAAGUAAGAAGGAGUUCAAAAAUGUUGUAACAACUCAUGAGGUAAAAAAAGGGAGGUAUAUUAAGUGGAAAAAAAUGAUAAAGAUAGGAUGAAAACGAAGUGCAUACAUGACGAUUGCAACUGGGUAAUAAUGGCAUCAAGAAUGCACAGGGAUAACAUAUUUCAGAUAAAAACUUAUAGGCCCUCACACAGUUGUCGAAAUUGGCACCAUCAUAACAAGACAAUACCUUCUUCAUUCAUUGCAAGGACCUAUCUUGAUAGAAUUAAACAAAAUAGGGGAUGGAAGAUAUCCGAGUUUAGAGAUACUGUUAGUGUCGAGCUUAAAGCUCAUGUUACUUUAACUCAAGCUAUAUAGAUUUCAAAGAAUCUAUUUAUGUUAUGCUGCUUGUAAAGAGGCAUUUAAGGUUGGAUGUCGCAAAAUAGUAGGUAUAGAUGGGUGUUGGUUGAAGGGCCCAAUGUAUGGGAAUCAGUUAUUAGCAGCAGUGGGUCUCGAUGCCAACAAUAACAUAUUUCCAGUAGCAUAUGCCGUUGUUGAAAAGGAAACCAAGGAGACAUGGUCAUGGUUUUUAAAACACUUGGCUGGUGACUUAGAGAUUGACUAUCAAGAAAGCUGGACCUUUAUGUCUGACAAACAAAAAGGUCUUAUUGAAGCAUUUAAUGAGAUUUUGCCAUAUGUUGGUCAUAGAUUUUGUGUGAGACACCUCCAUAACAAUUUUAAGAAGGCUGGAUUUUUUGGUUUGUCCCUCAAGAUGGCAGUUUGGGCUGCUGCAAAGGCUACAACUGUGAAGUUCUUUAAAAUAUGUAUGGAGAAGAUGCAUGAAUUGGAUGCAGAAGCCGCUGCAUGGUUGAAUGAAAAACCACCCACUGAAUGGUCUAAAUCACAUUUCUCUUCAGGCGCUAAAUGUGAUGUUUUGUUGAAUAAUAUGUGUGAAUGUUUUAACAGUAUGAUUCUUGAUGCUCGAGACAAGCCUAUCAUAACUUUGUUGGAGAAGUUAAGAUAUCUUCUUAUGGCUAGAUUCCAAGCGAAUAGGGAUAAAGUGGAAAGAUGGAAUUCAGGUGAUAUUUGCCCUCGGAUUAAGGACAUAUUGCACAAGAAUGAAUCUGUGGCAGCUGCAUUUAUUCCAAUCAAAUCGAAUCAGUGCAAUUAUGAGAUUCUUGGAGCAUCGAUUGCCGACAAUUGGGCUGUGGACCUACAAAACAGAAACUGUAGUUGUAGAAAAUGGACUAUAACAGGAAUUCCUUGCAAACAUGCAAUAUCGGCUAUUUGGGCUAAAAAAGAUGAUGUUCUUGAUUAUGUUGAUGAUUGCUAUAAAGUUGACACAUAUAGAAGAAUUUAUGAAAAAACCAUCUUUCCGAUUAAUGGAUCACAAUUGUGGCCUAAAUCAAAUAAGGUUCCUCCUUUGCCUCCGAUACUUGUAAGACAAAACAAGAGGGGAAGAGAUCAGAAAUUGAGGAGACGAGAACAAGAUGAAGCGGGAUCAAGUAGAACAAGAAUGAAGAAAAAGCAAAUAUCUGUUAAUUGUAGCUUCUGUCACAAGCCUGGCCAUAACAUAAGAACCUGUAAAUUAAAGUGGGUGUAUAUGAGACAGCUUUUUGGAUGCCUCCUACUUCAUCAGUUCCCGAAAAAUUACCGGUUAGAAGAGCAAAUCCUGGACCAACCCAAGAUUAUUUUGAUAUUUAGUGUGGUGUUGCAAUUAUUUUUUGUUGGGCUAAACAUGGUGCAACACCUUUUUGUUUUUUGUGAAGGACAGAAAGUAUUGCUUGUUUUGAGGACAUAUGGUGGUGCUGCUAUUUUUUGUUCAAUGACCAUAGUGCAAAUGCCUUUUGUUUUUUUUUUGUGAAAAGGACAGAUGGUGCUGCUGCAACAAUGGUUCUUAUGGUGUGAAGAUUUUUGCUAUCAGAUGAUGAAGGAUUAAAGCUGGUAUCACAAUAUCUUUUUGAAGGACAGAAGAAAGGAAGCUAGUGUCGUAUAAGAGUAGUUUUAGUUAAAUUAAUCAAACCAUGUGCAAUUCCCUUUCUGAUGUGCAAUUCCCUUUCUGGUGUUGUUUAGAAUAUCUUAGGCAGCAACUAAAAGUUGUGUAUAUGCUGCCUUUUGGAUUUAAAUGGUGAAGUCAUAUGUUAAAAGUUAUUUUUAUCAGUCACAUUCUCUUAUGUAAGGAACGUAAAUUGAUAUGUAGAGAUCAUUCAAAAAGAUUUAUUGGCUAG